GAAUAUAAAAGCAGCAGCUGCAGUGUGAACUCCACAACCUUCAAUAGAGCAAAGAGGAUCUCCAGAGAAAACUGAAAAAACUAAAACGAUCCGAGGAUUAUCUGAAAAUGGAGGCAGAUAAGCAGAAAGUUCAGUGUGAGAAGGUUCAGGUCACAGACAGUGAUCUGUCUGAGCAGAUAAAGGCUGUGACUAAAGAAAGUCACGUCCGAGCCGAGAACACGGAACUGAUGCUGAGCUUCCAGAAAGCAAACAUCAGCCUGCAGCAAUAUAAGCUCCUGCUCUGCUCCUUGUACAAGAUCUAUGAAGCUCUGGAAGAGGAACUGGACAGGAACGCGUCCCAUGAAAGUGUCACACCGAUUUACUUCCCUCAGGAACUGGCCAGGAUGGAGGCCCUGAAGAAAGAUCUGGAGCACUUUUAUGGUCAGGACUGGAGAGAGAAGAUGAUCGUCCCGGCUGCUACACUGAGAUACGCUCAGAGAUUGAGAGAGAUUGGCAGCGAGAAUCCUGAAUACCUGGUGGCUCACGCUUACACUCGCUACCUGGGUGACCUGUCAGGUGGACAGGUGUUGGGCCGUAUUACCCAGAAGGCUUUAGGACUGAAGAACGGUGAGGGCUUGGCGUUCUUCACGUUUCCUGCCGUCAGCAGCCCGAAUCUGUUCAAGCAGCUGUACAGAAGCAGGAUGAACAGCAUCGAGCUGACAGAGACGCAGAGAGAGGGAGUGCUGGAGGAAGCCGUCAGAGCCUUCGAGUUCAACAUCCAGGUGUUUGAUGAACUCCAGAAACUGCUGAGCGUCUCCGAGAAGAGUGAACUGAGGCAGAGACACAAAACACACAACCUCAAGACUCCAGAUGUCCGAGUGAGUCCAGCGCUUUCCUCCUCACUGACCUCCGGCUCUCAGCUGCUCAGGAUGCUGCUCGGAGUGUGUUUCGCUCUGGCAGUCGGAAUGGGAAUGUAUGCCCUCUAAAGAUUGGGACUGUUUAACAUAAAAUACCGUGCAGUAUGCAAACGGAGAUAAAGUGACGAGUCGAGGUGAAAUUCCCUGAUAAGGAAAAAUCUCUGUACACUUCCAGCAUGCACUUUUCUGGAUUAAUUUUUUUAGGAAUCUUCUCUUAUGUUUUUAACAUUGUUUAAUAAUAAUAAUAAUAAUAAUAAUAAUAAUAAUAAUUAU